GUGGUGGUGCGCCUCCUGCCCCCCGAGAUCACGGAAGCGGAGCUGCUCGCCACCGUGGACGAGAAGCACAAGCAGAAUGCCAAGUGGCACAGCUUCGUGGCAGGGAAGCGGUACAAGGGCGAGGCCAAGCCUUGCCUCAAUUCCCGGUGCUAUUUCCAGUUCGAGAGCCUUGGGCAGUGCGAGGAUUUCACCAAGGACUACCACGGCCACCAGUUCGUGGACGGACAGGGGGAGAGCUUCCGCGCCGUCGUCUGUAUCGCGCCUUAUCAGAAGGUGCCGCGGGCGAAGCAACAGAAGGACCCCCGCGACGGCACGAUCGAGGACGAUCCAAUAUACAAGGAGUUCCUCGAGGGCCUGGCCAACAAGGCCACCACCUACGACGCGCCUCCGAACCCCAAGAUGGAACUCAGGCCAGCAACGCCAGGCGACACGCCGCUGCUGCAGUUCAUGAAGACUCGGGCAACGGAGCGCCGCGCCCGGGCCGAGAAGAGGAGGAAAGAGAGAGAAAAGUGGCGCCCCGAAGGUGGCUACAUAGAAGAGGAUCCGAGCUGGAAGAAGUCCCGCUGGCGCUGCAAGGAGUGCGGGGCCACCAAGAACCUGGAGGAAGACCCAGACGAACGCGGUAUCUUCUACUGCACACCGUGCUGGGAGUACUGGGAGACCGAAGAGGCAUCCAGUAAGCCAAAGAAGAAGAAAAAGAAGAAGCACAAGAAAGAUGAAGAGGAAUGGUACGAGGAGGAAGAGGAAGAGGAGGAGGAGACAGCUUCUAAGAAAAAGAAAAAGAAAAGCAAGAAGCACGGCAAAGACGAAGAGGAUUGGUGGGAACAGCAACCAGCAGAAGAGGAGUGGGCAGACGAGGGCGAAGCUGGAGCCAAGAAAAAGAAGAAGAAAAAGAAAAAGCAGGAAGAGGAGGAGACUUGGUACGAGGAAGAGACCAAGAAGAGCAAGUGGAAGGCUAA